AUCAAAUACCAAAAACUCAUCAAAAACCAACAACAAACAAACACAUCAAAGCAAAAAGAAGAAAGAAGGCAAAAAAUUUAUCAAGCAAGCAGAACCAUGGCACUGAUGAAGAAGAGUAGUCUCUUUGCUCUUCUCCUCUCAUCAUCACCACUUCUGAUCAUCUGUCUUACUGCAUUGCUCACUAAUCCGGCUUCAGUGGGAGCUCGCCGGUUACUCGAGGAGAUUCCUAAACCGGAGAUACCCAAAUUGCCCGAACUACCUCACUUUGAGAUACCAAAAUUGCCUGAGCUACCUCAUCCGGAGCUACCGAAAUUGCCUGAGCUACCUCAUCCGGAGCUACCAAAAUUGCCCGAACUACCUCACCGGGAGCUACCGAAAUUGCCCGAACUACCUCACCCGGAGCUACCGAAAUUGCCUGAGCUAUCUCACCCGGAGCUACCAAAAUUCGAAGUGCCCGAGUUGCCAAAGAUUCCAGAAAUUCCGAAGCACGAGGGGACUAAGCUGAUGGAGACUCCGAAGCCCGAGGCUCCUAAGUUGCCAGAGAUUCCAAGACCCGAGUUACCAAAGGUGCCGGAGAUUCCUAAGCCGGAGCUACCAAAAAUGCCGGAGAUUCAGAAGCCGGAGCUACCAAAGGUGCCGGAGAUUCCUAAGCCCGAAUUGCCAAAGAUGCUGGAGAUUCAGAAGCCAGAACUACCAAAGAUGCCAAAGAUUCCUAAGCCGGAGCUGCCAAAGAUUCCGGAAAUUCAAAAGCCUGAGGCUCCAAAGUUGCCGGAGUUGCCAAAGAUGCCGGAGAUUCAAAAACCGGAACUACCGAAGAUUCCAGAGAUUCCAAAGCCGGAGUUGCCGAAGAUGCCUGAAGUUCCUGGAAUCCACUAAGCCUAUUGAACCGUAUGAAAGCCCAUCUACUUUAAGGCCCACCCACGCCCAUGGUCUAGAUUUCUAUUAUCACCUUUAAUCUUGUGUGUCUAUCUCUAUCUCAUCGUCGUUUUUUUUUGGUGCAAUCUCAUCGUCGUUUUCUUAGGGAACAAUAUCUUAUAUGGUUUGAUCUCAUAGCCAUACUUCUUUUUCUUUCUUCAUACACUUAUACUUGUACUCUGUUAUACUUGUAUGUUUCAUACAUAAAGUUUUAUUUGUGUUUCA